UCAAAAUGUCUGCAUUUAGCUGUGCUGUGCUUGUUCUCUUUUGUACUUUUGCAUCUGUACAUGGGAUUCAUCAGCUUUGUCACAAUGUAGCAUGCUUUGACACGGGUGCUACUCAACUCACAUUGACUGCUGAUGGCGAUCGCAUACUAUAUGUUGACUUCAACAACAAAAGCAUUGUGUGGAAUGCCCGAGUUCCAUCAUAUUAUCAUUCAGUUUAUUCUUUUAAUUACACAAUUAAUUUCCAGUUUCAAUGUAAAUUUCACUUAAACACCUGGAAACAGGAUAGUACCAUCUCAAAGAUUCCAGCGGCUCCUGAAGUCUUGAUCUACCCCAAAGAAGAUGUCAAGAACCAGAUUAAUAAUACUCUUAUUUGUUUUGUUCGAAACUUUUUUCCUCCAAUUAUUAAAAUACAAUGGACCAAGAAUGAAGAGGUGAUAGCAUCAGAUGACCCCUUUGAGAAGAUGAUCCCAGGCUCUGAUGGGACAUUUCAAGUCUUUUCCAUGCUGAGCUUUGUCCCUGCACAUGGAGACAUAUACAGCUGCAGUGUGAGACAUCAAACCCUCAAGGAACCUGUGGUCCGUUUCUUUGAAUUUCACUCCAGUGGGACAGACAUUGGCCCCAUGGUGUACUGUGCAAUUUGCACCAGUCUGGGAAUCGCUGCAUUCAUAUCAGGAACAUUCCUCUUUCUCAAGGACUCUCGGCGGCAAAAUGCUUAAAUGCUUACACAUUGUACAUGUCUGUAUUUUGCAGUUUUAGUGUAGUUUAGUGAAUCAGAUUUCUAAUCAA